CAAUAUAAGAAAUGUUGAGAGAUGUGCAUAGUGGGUUAGAGCUUCCCCGCGAUUUCGUUGAUGCUGCCAUAGUCCGGGGAAAAUAUGAAUUUUACCAUUACAACGUAGAUGGUUUCGAUGACAGGGUGAGUGUAUGAGACACUUACAACAGGUUGCUUUUCGUAUAGCAUACUGAUGCAUAAUUAUUACUCAGGUUCAAAAACGUGAGAAAAUGCUUCAAAGAUUUAGCUAAACUGCAGAAUACCCUGCCACUCAUUUACAUGUCAUCGAAUAAGAACAAAGUCUAUUGUGUUAUGCCUCACGACAAAUGUAAAUGACGUGGACCAAAGUGGCAGGGUAUUCUGUGGUUACUCCAGUCUUUUCACAAACUCUCCAGCUGCAUUGAUAUUACAAUAACCCAAAUGCACGCUUCUGUAAUGCGAACUUUAUCAUUGAACUUUGCAUGGAAAUAGAAAGGCAGUUGUAAAAAAAAACAGGUUAUAUGCUUCUGUAGGGUGUGACCACAUCAUGGUUAGUGCCUGACCAAUCAAUGAAGAUUGAUUGAUUGAUCUGUUUGUUAUAUGUUAUUUGGUGUGAGUUGGCAUUUGUUGAUUGAUGACCAAUCAAGAAUAAUUUAUUUGGUAGCAAAUGUCAUCAUCAUUUUUCCUGUAAAUAAAGGACACCCAAAUAUUGAAAUGACUGGACUUUGACAUAUUGUUUACUUUUUUUUUUUUAAUAUGAUUUUACCAUAUUUGUAUGAAUUGCUUGUGUAUGCAUGAAAGAUACAACCUUGUGGUUGAGAAAUGUAAAACUGAGUGGGUGAGUUCUGGAAAACGGUCCCUAUUUUUGUCAGUCCUUUUUUUUGUGGUUGAAAGUGCUUUUCAUGACACAUGUAGCUAAAAGCUCACAAAUAGGAGGAAGACUGGUAAAAAUAGCCAAUUUCAAAUAGCCCUGACCCUCCCUCUCGUGAAGGGCAUGUUUUCAUGAUCCCCCCUGCUAAAUCCACUCUCCUAAGUACCUCUUUGUUACCAGCUUUCCCCCUCCCCCAGUAAGUGAUGAGUCAUAUUUAUAUGCCAUUCAAAUGUUUUGUGCUUGUAUUGAAGGGUUGGGGAUGUGGAUAUAGGACACUGCAGACCAUUUGUUCUUGGAUGGGUCAUGUAUUGGAGAUUCAGAAUCAUCCAGUGCCCAGCCUUCAAGACAUACAGAAGACUUUGGUCAAAAUGGGGGACAAACCAGAUUCUUUUGUGGGAUCAAGAGAAUGGAUUGGCUGUGUAGAGGCCUGUCUCUACAUGGAUCAGACUUUUGGAGUAGGUAACUAUCAAUGUUUGUGGUGUUUUAUGUGUGGCUGCUUUGCAUUUCCAGCUUUGCUGAGUAAUGUUGUAAAGUGAUGGUGUUUAUGGGCAUUUUAAUUUUAAGGAACAAAAGUGAAAACAGGUUAAAUAAUCAUAAAGAUUUUUCAUUGGAGAAGAAGUCAGCAAAACUGCAGAUGGACAAAAUGUUUGUAUUUCUAAAAGUUUAGGCCAAAAGACCUUCCUAUCUGUAUUACAUAUCUCAUACAAUUAAUAUAGUGCUCAAGGUUCAAAUAUAGCAAAGAAAACUGUUGUCUAUAUACCAUUAGCUAGAGUGUUAAACAGACUUGCAAAUUUUUGUUGAAUAGAGUCGAUUUAUGCAAAUUAGCCCCACAUCUUCUAGAUGUUCUUCCAGAUAAGCUGCACCCCUGAUUUUUUUUAUAAAAAUUGUGGGCAAAAAGGAGUGUGGCAAGUACUCAUUAAGGGGGAUAAAUGGAUUAUAGACAACUUGGCUGGCAAAUAGUGAAGAUUAGCUUAAGAAUUUCAGUUUGCUAUCUUAUUUUUUGCUAUGCUCUGUUAAGCUUACUACCAGAGAAUUGAAAUUUUGUUUCCAGUCAUGAACUGGUUUUUUUUUUUGAAAAGAUAUAAAAAAGGUUGCCAGUAAUUGAUAAUGCUGAUGAUCUUGUUUCAGGUUUGCAGUAAGAUCAUUCAUGUUUUACAAGGGGAAUCUGUGGAGCAGAAAGCUGCACCAUUUCUUCUGGAACAUUUUAAACAUUUUGGUUCACCUGUAAUGAUAGGUAAAGUUAUGAUUUCAACAGAAUAUUUAAACAGAUUGUAAUACUUCAUGAUAGCGCUUUAGUGGAUCAAGCAUGAGUUGCCUUUUAAGUCCAUUAACAACUCCAUGUUUGUUAAUGUGGUUCUUAACAUACUCAUAAACUAGCCAGGCAAGUUGUUGUUUGAUUGGUUAAAUGAUAUAAUUGCAAAAACUGCAUUUUCCAAGUCUAUUGAAACUUCUCUGGGAUGUCAUUCAUCAAAAGAUGAACAUUUUUUCCAGCAAUUUACAUCCACAUUAGGGGUAUGGCAUGUGUACAAGUGUGCCUUAUCAUGAGGGUUUAUUGACUGUGUAUGUUGCAUUGUAGAGCAAAGAUGUUACACGUCUUUGAGAAUAUUCUAAUAUUUAUACCCCCUUGACCAGUGACUAGAUGUCUUUAAUUUAGUUUUUUUCCCCUUAAUAACUUAAUUGAUCACUCCCCUUAUAAGGCUCUUCUCACGCCACUGUAAAAUAUAUUUGAAAGAAACAACCCCAACUGACAGUGGGAAGACCAUUUAGCUGUUUACCAAGCUAAGCUAAUGAAUUAGUCUUUGGAUAUCUGAGAACUAAUCCAGUGAGCAAUAGGGCAGAGGGCUUGAACAAGAUGCCUGUUUCUGGAAAGUUUCGGUGACUUAAUGGGCCUGUAAGGUAAUUCUGUUUUCAUUCAUGAAAGGGGUGUCAAAAGUUCUGAAAAUUGUUAAAUAAAACCAUCAGCCAAGGAAAUAAGAUGGACUGGUUAGGAAGCCACAACCUGCAUUUCUAAUCCUUAAAUUUUGAUUUUAAAACAUGGCUUUGGGGCUGCUAAGUUACUGGGACUUGCAAGAAACAGGCCCCAUGACCCCAACCUCUUGGAUACACUGCCUCCCGGAACAAGGAAAAAAGAAAUUGCUUUGAAAAAGAGUUCUUUCUAACUUGGAGUGGCCCAAAAAUUUUACUAUCUAGCCAUUCUAUUUUUGACUUUUGCAAAUAUUUUCCUUUCUAAAUUUCAUUUCUGUUUCUAGGUGGAGAUGUUGAUGCUUCAUCCAAAACACUGCUUGGUGUUUGCAAGACAAAUAAAGCAUUUCACUUCUUAAUUGCUGUAAGAUACUUUUUCAUCUGUCAAUAAUCACUGGCUGUUUCCCGUUUUCUGUCUGGUUCAUAUAGAAGAGAAAGAAAAAAGUUGAUUUUGAAAGUGCCAUUGAAUAUCAUCAAACUGAAGGAAAAGGUUUGUUUGUUGCAGGAUCCACAUUUCUAUGGAGAGGCUGCUAGGAAAGAAAUCCAAGACAGUGGCUGGGUUCAAUGGAAGAGCUAUAAUGAUGUUUUCAAAUCAAAUUCUUUUUAUAAUUUCUGUCUUCCACAGUUUAGUUUGGGUGAAGACUGAAGAUGUUGUAGCUGCAAUUUCUCUAUAUUUUUUGUUCUCUCAUGCUGUAUUUUUGUGAAGAGUCAUCUAUUUUUUUCAGAUAUUAACAACCUAUAAUGGAUAUGAACUAACUAAGAUUUUCCUGGGUGAUUUAGCCUAUUCUCCUCUGACAUUCCCAACUGUUAAGAGCAUACAACUUAUUUUUCGAGUAACAAACCAACUGUAGUUAUGGCACCACACUUCAAAUUUUUUUCAGGCAAAAAAAAUGAUGGACUGAAUUUGAGUAUUCAUUUCACAAGUUAAGUAAAAGUGUUAUUGGACUCUAGAUUGAUAGAUCUUGUUUUGAGACCUAUUCAUUGUGGUGUGCUUUGGGCAAAAAAUUUUACUUUGAUAAUGCUCUUUUCUAUCAAGAAGUAUGAGUGGGUAACAAAAAAACUGAGUGGAAAAAAUUGUUGAAAAUGGUUUGAGGUAACCUGCCUUGGAUUGGCACCGGCAGCCUUUACAAAAUAUCUUGUUACUUAAUGUUUUGGAAAAUGCAAUAAGCUCCUAUAGAACAAGUGACUAGCCUUUUCGAAAUUCAUUUUCCUUCUAAGAUUUGGGUUUUCAUUUUGCAUUUGCUCAAAUACUGUCACAUUCUUCCCACCAGGAUCUUGUCCCAUUUUUUUUCCACAAAAGAGAGACUAAACCAGAUUACAUUUAAAAAUGUUAUUUAAUUAUUUUACAAUUCAAAUAAGAAAAAUUCAGAAGGUUAACUUAAUGCAAAUUUAGGUGCAACUUUUAAAAUAAAAGCUGCCAAAGGUAGAAAAAAAUAUUAAACCAAAAAUAUUUUGGUUUUUACCAGUAUAAUCAAACAACUAAACAUUAACUGAAGAGCAAAACUGUCAAAGAUUUCAAAGAUCUAUCAAAAGAAGACAUCUACUGCUUAAACAUGGAUUUUUUUUUGUUUAAAUGAAAAAUUAACUGAAGGGACAAUAAUACAUGGAUAUCUGUAGCUGUAUCUGUACCAUGAAUUUUGGUUUGUUUUGUGUUUCUUUUGUAUGUCUCAGGUACAUGUAAUUGCAAUUCUGUUUCCAAAAAAAAAAAAAUAGAAUUAAACUUAUCAAUUAGCUAGUGCAAACCUUGAAGGUUUGAUGAAAGGCAAGGUUGUGAUGUUCUUCUGAGGUGUCUUUACAUCCUCACCUCUGAAUUGGAGGUCUGAGGUCCUUUUCAACUUGACUGCUGAGGAUGUAAUUAACUCAUCCUUUUUUUUUUUUUUAUAGUUUUAAAAAACUCUCAAUUGUUGCAAUAAGUGCAUACAGUGGAGCCCCAUGAUCUUAAUUCCAAUUGUUGUGAAUAAACUGUGAUUCCAUGUACUGAUGUACCCUUUUAAGACUUAUAUCACUGUAGUUGAAUCCUUGAAAUUUUGAACUUUUUUAGCUCAUACCUGUCUUUUAAAUUCCACUUGAUUAAGAUGCCGAGACUCCACUCUAUCCGUUUUCAUUUUUUUUAGGGAUGAGUCCCAUUAAUGUGCUAACACACUCAUGGAUGAGCAGUUAAAGAAAGUGUAGGAAGUGACCUAAUUAUCUUCUCAGAUAUGUCUUUGGCUUAAAAAUGUCAUGCAGUGAACAAAUUAGUAAAUAUUAUUUGCAGCAGUGUUCAUAAUGUUUGCUAGACUUAAGAGUGUUUUUGAGAAAUUUUUAGCUAAGAGUUCAGUUCAUUCUUUGCCUCUUGUAGAAUCUUCCCUAGUUUAACCUUUUUUGGGUAUGUGCAAGACGUUUAGAUGAGCG